AUGCUGCGCUCUUCAAUUGCUCCGAGUCGGCAUCUCCUGUCGUACUCUGCUCGCCAGCGCGUCACACCACAAUGGCUCUCCGGUGCCGGGGCCAGUAGCCGGUUGUCCGGUCAGCGAUUCUUCGCCGAUUCCAAACCGCCGAACACCGGUGGUGUCACGCCUGCCUCCCCUUCCUCCGAAUCGAGUGUCCCGCCUGAGACCCUUCCCAAGGCCGGUGAACAACAAGAAUCCAAUGUGCCACCGUCACCCCAAAAACCGGCGCCUCGCAAAUCCGGUCGUUUCCGUCGAUUCCUGACUUAUUUGAUCCUCACCUCUGGCUUGGCUUAUGGUGGAGGCGUCUUCCUGGCCUUGAAGUCCGACAACUUCCACGAUUUCUUUACCGAAUACGUGCCGUAUGGUGAGGAGUGCGUUCUUUACUUCGAGGAGCGUGACUUCUACCGCCGGUUCCCCAAUGCCUCCCGCCACGCGAACCGCCUCCCCGGUGCACCCAGGGAAGAUGGAAAGCCAGUCACGAUCUCCAGCAAGAGUGGCCUCUCUUGGAAGGUCGCUGAUGUCGAAGAGUCUGGUGCGGAUGCUUCGAAGAAGGCUCCUCACAUGAGCGCCCAGGAUGGAUUGGUCAAGCCCGAAGCCGCCAAGCCUGAGCAGCGGAAUGCUGCAGUUCAGAAGGCCAAGGAUGAGAAGGCUAAGAAGAGCAAGAAGGAGGCAAAGCCCGCUGAGAAUGAGGAAAAGAAGCCUGUUGCCCUGGAGGAGCCUAGGCAGCCAGCUGUUUCUGCUGGCACCAUCGAGCUGCUGCAGAUGCAGGGCAAUGAUGAAGGCGUCGUUCAGGAGUUGGUCAAGACCUUCAACGACAUUGUCACUGUGAUCAGCGCCGAUGAGAACGCCGGCAAGUACUCCGCGCCGAUCGCCAAGGCUAAAGAGGAGCUGCAGAAGAUUGGCGAGAAGAUUUCGGCUCUCCGCAGUGAUGCCCAGAAGGCCGCUCAAGAGGAGAUCAACAAAGCUCAUUCCACGUUUGACGAGUCGGCACGGGAGCUGAUCCGCCGCUUCGAGGACAUGCGCAGUACCGAAGCCGCCCAGUAUCGGGAGGAAUUUGAGGUCGAGCGGGAGAAGCUCGCUCUCGCAUACCAGGAAAAGAUCAAGACCGAACUACAGCGCGCCCAGGAAAUCGCUGAACAGCGCCUGCAGAACGAGCUGGUGGAGCAGGCCAUUGAGCUCAACCGCAAAUACGUUCACGAUGUCAAGGAUCUAGUUGAGCGCGAGCGCGAGGGUCGUCUCAGCAAAUUGGAUGAACUUACUGCCAACAUCAAUGAGCUUGAGCAGCUGACUUCAGGUUGGAGCAAUGUCAUUGACACCAACCUCAAGACCCAGCAGCUCCAGGUCGCUGUGGAUGCUGUGCGCAGCGUUCUCGAGCGCGCUGAGACCCCGCGGCCAUUCGUCCGUGAACUGGUUGCCGUAAAGGAGCUGGCUGCCGAUGACCCCGUUGUCGAUGCUGCCAUUGCCUCCAUAAAUCCCACCGCCUACCAGCGGGGCAUCCCCUCGACUUCGCAGAUCAUCGAGCGCUUCCGCCGGGUGGCCAGCGAGGUCCGCAAGGCUAGCUUGCUUCCCGAGGACGCCGGUAUCGCCAGUCACGCCGCUAGCUUGAUGCUGAGCAAGGUUAUGUUCAAGAAGGACGGCCUUGCCGGUGGUGAUGACGUGGAGAGCAUUCUCGUCCGGACUGAGACCCUGCUGGAGGAGGGCAAAGUGGAUGCUGCGGCUCGUGAGAUGAACACCCUUCAGGGUUGGGCCAAGAUCCUGAGCAAGGAUUGGCUCGCCGAUGUUCGCAAGGUUCUGGAGGUCAAGCAGGCACUCGAGGUCAUCGAGGCUGAGGCCCGGCUCCAGUGCUUGCGGGUGGAGUAA